CGCUCUUGGAGCGGCUAAGUUCGUCCGUUUCAGCAUGGCCAAGAAGCUGUCGAUGGCGGCGCAAGAGCACGCCGGCUAUGCGUUUGCUGCGCAGCUGCUGUCCCUCGACGCACUGUCGUCGUCGCAUCUCAAGAAGGAGACGCUAAGCCCGUGGGUCGUUCACGCCCACCACUGCGGCCUCGAGUACCGCGCCGGCAUGCCACCGCCACCGACGAUUGCCGUCGCGAGGCCGCCGUCCACCCUGCGCGGCGUCUUUGAGCUCGAAGGCGCGAUCGAGUCUCUCCACGAGACGCUGGACGGUCGACCUGCGUGCCUCCACUUGGUGUUUCGCGCCAAAACCAUGGUGCUCUGGCUGCAUUCCCACGAUAAGUUUCUCUUGUACGUGUGCCCGGCCAAAGUCAAAGUGCUCAAGACGCUGUCCGAGGUCGUCGUCAAGAUGACGGAGGACGUCCUUUCCGACGAGCCAUGCACGCUGCGUCUCGUCGUGGCGACGAGCAACCAAACCGACUCGACGCUGAAAUCGUCAGCGACAACGAUAUCACACACGGGCCCUGUCGAGAGCCCCUCCAUUGAUUUGACGCGUCUGGCGUCGCCUUGCCCGACGCAGUUGGAGACCACGUCAGGAACCAUCGAGACCGAGCUCACCGUAGAGAAAGCUUUGAGCUUUACCCCGCGCCAGGCCUCGCCCUCCGCCAAGUUGAACUGCAGUCCAACCUCGCCGGGGCAUCGAGCGUCGCUAUCUCGGAGCGAUGGUCAUCCUCAAGAGGCGCUUGGAACACACAUCCAAAUGCGCACGGACAAUGAGCGCACGAGCGUCGAGAAUCUCUUGCCUUCUGCACUGGCACUGCCCGAUGCACCACUGAUGCCAAGCCCUUUUCCAUCACCACAGCGGCGCGUCGUGCCCAACCAAGAUGACGUCAUCGGCAGCAGCAUCGACAGAAGCGCCGGGCCAGACAAGUCGGCGUCGAUUGGGACAGUAUGUGACAGCACGUCACCGACAACUUUCAGAGAGUCCGAGAGAAGUGACGGUGUAGCAACAUACCACCUCGAAUGGGACGAGCGUCGGGAUCCACGCGUGGACGUAGCGCCAGUGCAAAGCCUCUCACCGUUCAAAGCUGCAAGCUCGAGCGUGUAUCCACUGCCCAACUACAAGGCAAAACUCGGAGCGACGGCGUGGGCGCUUCUGGAGCUGCAAGCAGCAGCGCUCGCUACCAAUACGACGGGCGUAUUGGACCGGCGUCGACAGAGCUCAGCGAGCCUACCUGCCGCAGCCGAUCAAAUCUCGUCGCACAAAAGUGGUUUACCUCAACACCCACGCGACGCACCUCGAGCAAAAGCAAGUUUGUUUGCGGAGAAUGAUGUUGCAGAGUCGCCCACAAGUCGAGGGACCGAGCCGGAUCCGGGCCUGAACGACGCAGUACCUAGCGCCACCGCACCGUUGACGACCCCAGAAACACCUCCAACAACGCCGCUAACAACGCCGCCAUCAUCGCCACCAUCAACGCCGCCAUCAACGCCGCCAAACGUACUGCGAUCAAUGGACACGCCGGUGCCAUUGGAAGGUUCACAUUUCGUCAUGGAGGCACGGCACCAAGUUAGGCAAGUGGAAGUCGGCCGCUUUGAGCCAGUGCCACUCCUUCCCUUGUUUGUCGCUCCAAGCGUCGAGAUGCGGCUCGGGGCGUUGCCCGAAACACCGACUAGAACGUCACAGCUAUCACCACUCGGAACGUCCGACCAAAGCUCGAGUCCGUCGCUCACACACGGGGCGUGUGGUAUGUUGGGAGCUGCGGCGUCACCUUCGUUGACAGCACACGACGCGUCGAAGAGCGUCAGGAAACACGCAGGCGCGUCUUGUGAUCAGCCCAGUCUGUUUUCCUUUGCGCCCGUCGACGCGGUUCGAACGACGACGUCGGCCAAGAAAAUGACGUUCCAAGAUGUCCGCGCGCUUCGCCAGUCGGUCCAAAGUCGACGGGAAACACCGUGGCUUGGUGUGGAUCGAACCGAGGACCUUGCGACUCAUCUCGCGCUGCAAGACGAAGCCAAGGUUGCACUAUUGCAGCCAAACAACGCCGAGCUGGCAAAUGCGUCAAGCCUGUGUCAACAAUCGCCAGUACGAAACGAAAUCGCAUCCAACCUAGCUUGGACCAGUGCACAACAUCGGGCAGGGGUGUCAGAGCCUCGGACGCCACCUGCGGUGCCCCCACGCCGACGUUGUCCACCCCCUCUCGCAGCUGAUUCGCCGCCACCUUCUCCGCCAAAGAGCCCGCCACCACCGCAAUGUAGUUCUGCACUGACUUUGUCGGAAGAGUUGACAGUCGCGACCGACGAAGGAAUGGCUCAAUUUGUGCCGCACUCAGUCUCCGCUCGAGAAGAUACGACAAUGGAAACGAUAUCGCCAACAGCGCUUGAAGCAGCACUCGAGCACUCAAUAGAGCCCCUUGCAGAUACGAAUCCACCGUCAUCAACGACGAUCCAGCCACGUGCGAUCUCGCCAUUCCUCACCCCGAUACGAGAGACCGCGCGUCAGCCAACGUCCGUGGACUUGCAUUUUGUGGGCGUCGAGGCACCGCCGACGCUCGACCGAUCACAACGUCUCGCUGAGCUACGGGCAGAAAAGAUCAAGGCGCAGCGGCUUCGGCAGCUCGAAACGCGGCGACUGCAGAUCCAGGCGCGUGCACCGCUUGAUGACCCCAAGGUCGCAGCCUCCAAGCCAUCCAACCGCCAGCUCAUCCAGAACGCCAUCGAAUACACGCUCUUGGCAGGCGUCGCAUGUGAGAAGGAGCGGACCAAGGUGUUGGGCGUGCUCGCGACACAUCCGAGCGAAAACUUUGUCGUUGCGCUGAAAGGCUCGGCCCUCGAUAGCCGCAAAAUGACGUACCGCGGUCUUUACGUGCUCGACCCUGCGUCGGGUGUCGUGAGCAGAGUCCUCGGGUCUGGCCCCAGCACGCUCGACGCCUCCAAUGUGAUUCAGUUUUUCCGGUACAACUCGGGGAAAAAAGCCUUCGUCGGCGUCUCGACCCGCAGCUUUACCGUGGCAACGGACGCCGCUGCCGUGCCCGACGACUGCUUUCGGCCGCUCAAAACCAAACGCCCCUCGUACCUCUGAAGCGGUCGGACAUUGCUCGCGUGGCUGCAACUCUAUUGCAUACUGCUGCGAAUCAUAACCGCAAACGAAAAGCCGUUGAAAGUGUGCAA